AGGAGGCCCGACCCCCUCCCUCCCUCUCCCCCGUCCUCCUCCUCCACCGGGCCCCGCCUGGAUGAACCGGAGCGAUGCUGAGCGCCGUUAAGAUGGAGGGACACGAGCACGCGGACUGGAGCGGCAGCUACUACUACGGAGAGCCCGAGUGUUAUUCCGCUUCGGGCACCAUGACCUCCGGUCUGUCCAUGAACGCCUACAUGAGCGCGCCUGGCAUGGCCGGGGCGGGUCACGUGAACGCGCAUUACAUGAACCCGGUCGGGGUGGGCGCGUCCUCGCAGAGCCCCGGGCCCGGGAUGCCCGGGAUGCCCGGGGUGUCCGGGCUGCCGCCCAGCAUGAGCUCCAUCAGCCCGCCGCCGCCGCCGCCGCCGCCCUACGGGAACGCGCCCGUCAUGAGCCCGGUGUACGGACAGGCGUGCGCGGGCAUCCGCUCCCGGGAGUCCAAGCCGUACCGGCGGAGCUACACGCACGCCAAGCCGCCGUACUCGUACAUCUCGCUGAUCACCAUGGCGAUCCAGCAGUCCGGCAGCAAGAUGCUGACCCUGAACGAGAUCUACCAGUGGAUCAUGGACCUGUUCCCGUUCUACCGGCAGAACCAGCAGCGCUGGCAGAACUCCAUCCGCCACUCGCUCUCCUUCAACGACUGCUUCAUCAAGGUGCCGCGCUCCCCGGACCGGCCCGGGAAGGGCUCCUUCUGGGCCCUGCACCCGGACUCCGGGAACAUGUUCGAGAACGGCUGCUACCUGCGGAGGCAGAAGCGCUUCAAGUGCGCCAAGACGGCGGGAGGCGGGGACCAGGAGGCGGCGGGGAAGCCCGGGAAGCCCGGGAAGCCCGGGAAGCCGGGCUCGGAGGGCGGCUGCAGCUCCGGUUCAGACUCCCCGCACUCCUCCCCCUCUUCCUCCUCCUCCUCCUCCUCUUCCUCCCCUCCGUCCUCCGACCUGAAGCCGCCCCGGGGCGACCUGCUCCCCUCCUCCAGCCCCGCGCGCGUGCCUUCCCCGUUUGCGCACACGCACCCGAACCUGCACCUCUCCCACCACCACGCGCACCCGCUGCUGCUGCACGAGGCCGCGCACCUGAAGCCGGACCCCCACCACGCGCACCACUACCCCCACCACCACGCGCACUACUCCUUCAACCACCCGUUCUCCAUCAACAACCUCAUGUCGGAGCCGCAGCACCACAGGCUGGACCCGGUGGCGCAGUACGGCGGGUACGGCUGCCCGGUGCCCGGCGCGCUGGUGGCGGCCAAGAGCGGCCUGGACGCCGCGCACGGCGACUCCUCCAACUACUACCACGGCGUGUACGGCAGGCCCCUCGUGAACUCCACCUGA